AUGCCAGAGCUGACUUCUAAAGGCGCUACCAUUUCCAAAAAAGGCUUCAAGAAGGCUGUAACUAAAACCCAGAAGAAGGAAGGGAAAAAACGCAAGAGAUGUCGCAAAGAAAGCUAUUCCAUUUAUAUCUAUAAGGUGCUGAAGCAAGUCCAUCCUGACACUGGCAUAUCUUCAAAAGCCAUGAGUAUAAUGAAUUCCUUUGUCAGUGAUAUCUUUGAGCGUAUAGCUGGCGAGGCAUCCCGCUUGGCGCACUACAAUAAGCAUUCAACUAUCACCUCGAGGGAAAUCCAAACAGCAGUGCGUCUGCUGCUACCGGGGGAACUAGCCAAGCACGCUGUUUCCGAGGGUACCAAGGCUGUCACCAAGUACACUAGCUCCAAGUAACAGGAUUUAACC